AUGGGCUCCAAAACAUCCGUCUUUGCGCAGCAGAAGAUGCCACUUGCUCAGAGGAGAGGAAUUACUGCAAAAGCUACAGAAAGAGAAGAGCAUCGAAGACGAGAAGCACAAGAGAACGGUAUCAUCCUAGAGAAGGCAGCCAAAAGCAAAAAGAAGAGCGACGCCAUCAGACAGAGGGGCAUAGGUGCGCCUAGCGUUGGCAAGUUUCAAAGAGGGAUGUUGAAGCUCAGUAAGAAAGACGUCGCUGAUAUUGAGGGGCCGAAGAAGAGUGCAAGACGCAAAAGGUAG